UCCGGCGACUUUCCUUAAGCAUGGCUGACGUUGGAGUUGUGGAGACGAUUCUCCUGAGGCUUGAAAAGGUGGACGGUGGGGUGGAUAGUCAGGAUGUUGCGACCAGUCUUGGAGUGGACCAUCAAGUGAUUGUUGGCGCUGUGAAAAGCUUGCAAGCCCUCGGUGAUGUGAUCUCAGCCGAGCAGCGCUCCUCCAAGCACUGGGAGCUGACUGGGGAGGGCUGCGAGAUAGCUGGGCAGGGCAGCCACGAGGCCCGGGUCUUUGGCUGCAUCCCUGAGGAGGGCCUUCCCCAGAACCAGCUCAUGAAACUGGCGUUUGGGAAGGUGGGCUUCAGCAAGGCCAUGUCCAACAAAUGGAUCCGCCUGGACAAAGGUCACGAGGGCGGUCCCAGGGUGUUCAAAACCGUGGAGAGCAUGGAGGACUCUGUGAGGGAGAAGCUGCUGCUAGUACAGAAGGGCCAGGCCUCCCAGCUGGGGGAGAAGGAGAAGAACGAGCUGAAGAAACGCAAACUGCUCUCCGAAGUGACAGUGAAGUCGUACUGGAUCACCAAGGGAAACUCCUUCAGCAUCACCAUCACCAAGCAGGAGACGGAGCUCACACCUGACAUGAUCGCCAGUGGGAACUGGAAGGAGAAGAAGUUCAAACCCUACAACUUUGAGGCCCUGGGGGUGGCGCCUGACUGCGGCCACCUCCACCCACUCUUGAAGGUGCGGACGCAGUUCCGUCAGAUCUUCCUGGAGAUGGGGUUCAGUGAGAUGCCCACCAACAACUUCAUCGAGAGCUCCUUCUGGAACUUUGACUCUCUGUUCCAGCCCCAGCAGCACCCGGCCAGGGACCAGCACGACACCUUCUUCCUGUCCGACCCAGCCCUGGCCCACGAGUUCCCCAUGGACUACCUGGAGAGAGUCAGACAGGUCCACACCGAGGGAGGCUACGGGUCACAAGGGUACAAGUACGACUGGAAGCUGGAGGAGGCCCAGAAGAACAUCCUCCGCACACACACCACGGCGGUCAGCGCCCGCAUGCUGUAUAAACUGGCACAGCAGGAGGAAUUCACCCCCGUCAAGUACUUCUCCAUCGACAGAGUGUUCCGGAACGAGACGCUGGACGCCACCCACCUGGCGGAGUUCCACCAGAUCGAGGGCGUGGUGGCCGACUACAAUCUGACCCUGGGUGACCUCAUGGGCAUCCUGCAUCAGUUCUUCACCAAACUGGGAAUCACCAAAUUGCGCUUCAAACCGGCGUACAACCCGUACACCGAGCCCAGUAUGGAAGUGUUCAGCUACCACGAAGGUCUGAAGAAGUGGGUGGAGGUGGGGAACUCGGGGGUGUUUCGCCCGGAGAUGCUGCUGCCCAUGGGGCUGCCUGAGGGCGUGUCCGUCAUUGCCUGGGGGCUCUCCCUGGAGAGGCCCACCAUGAUCAAGUACGGUAUCAACAACAUCCGUGAGCUGGUGGGACACAAGGUCAACCUACAGAUGGUGUACGACAGCCCCAUCUGUCGACUGGACUCCUAGAUUCUCAUCAGGCAUCUGUCCGGACAGGCCUUCUCCUCCAUUGCCACCUAUUGUAUACCUCCAGGACCUGUCCCCCAUCAGGACCCUUAUGCUCUCUAGUAACUAUACUACAGACUCACUCAACAGACCCAUUCGAGUUCAUGUAACCCGUGCUUGGGACACUGGCUGCCAGUUAGACAGAUGUGUCUGUCUGAGGUUGUGUUGGAAAGAGGACUUACUUUCUCUCCGUACGUCUAGAAAUUGGAGGUGGACGCUUGCCAUUGUCUUAUCAUUUGAUAAACACACAGGUUAUGCUUUGGAUUUUAAUUUAUUGAACAGUUACGUAAGACACCCUUUUGUACCAUUCACCAUCCUGUAUGCAUGUUGCAGUGCACUCGUGCUGGUGUUAUGAACUCUAAUGAUUCGGAUGAACAUUAGUGAAUAAGGGACAUUCGGCAUAAGACAAUAAUUUUAAUUGAACUGUCAUCAAACUCAUCUGGAUCUACUUUGGUCCUUUUUGACCCCUCCUGUAAAAUGCUUGUACAUUGACAAAACUGGCUUUGGAACUCUGACUGCCCACCCUACUGUCUUCUCGGCCCAUGUCAUGAUGAAAUGAUCAAAUAAACAUAUUACAAACACAAGCAUUA